UCACUAGCGAUUACUCAAAAAUGCCAAAUGAGUGGUUGUGUAUUGAGUAUUCUUUGAAUAAUAUAAAAAAUGGCAAAAACUUACGAUUAUUUAUUUAAAUUACUCUUAAUAGGUGAUUCUGGUGUGGGAAAAACAUCUAUAUUAUUUAGAUUUUCCGAAGAUGCUUUCAACAUUUCAUUUAUAUCCACCAUCGGUAUUGACUUCAAAAUUCGUACAAUAGACCUCGAUGGCAAAAAAGUAAAGUUACAAAUAUGGGAUACGGCGGGUCAGGAAAGGUUCCGUACGAUAACGACAGCUUACUAUCGAGGUUCGAUGGGCAUCAUGUUGGUUUAUGAUGUUACUAAUGAGAAGAGCUUUGAAAAUAUCAAGAAUUGGAUAAGAAACAUUGAGGAAAAUGCCAGUGCUGAUGUUGAAAAAAUGAUACUUGGCAACAAAUGUGAUUUAGAUGCUAAAAGACAGGUUUCGAAAGAGCAAGGUGAAAAAUUAGCUAUAGAAUAUCAGAUUAAAUUUGUAGAAACAUCUGCAAAGGAUUCCUUAAAUGUUGAGUAUGCAUUCUACACAUUAGCAAGAGAUAUCAAAGCAAAGAUGGAGAAAAAACAGAAGGAGGCAAGUAACCCGCCCGGCAACAGAAGUGGCGUACACACGCUGAAUGACACCGACCGGAAACGCCAACCAACGUCGUGGCUCGCACGCUGCUCCGUACUCUGACGGCCGCGCACGUACCCACGCCAUAUACUCUGCCACUAAAGCCAUAUUUUUACCGGUAAACAAUGUUUCGGACCACGGCAUAAAAUAAGCAUAGACUGCAUAGCUGUCCAUUAAGAAUAAUAAAAAUCGUUUAAUAAGCUCACACUAUUAAUUUUUUUGCGCCGCAAAAUUGAUAUGAAAUCUUUCUUUUUCGUGUUAAGAAUCUCGCUACAAGAAAUAAAAUCAUUAUCGUGGGACAUUGAUUUUUCAUGAAAAAUCUUUGUCCUUUUUUAUUCGAACUCUCAUCAUAAAUUUGACAAAAAAUAAAGUCAACUUUGUUUCCAGGAAAUUAUACCUGCUUAAACUAUUUAAUUUAAACGUAAAUAUAUGUUUACCGGUGGAUAAAAAGCUUAUGUGAGCGUGGGCUGUCAAGUGUCAACCCACCACUAUAUUUUUCGACCUACAAUUUUAACUGGUGCAACUCCACAAGGGGAUGAGAAUUGCUUUUGUAUUUUUAUAUCCUAUCAUUUCGUUCGAAAUUGUACAAUUGUUUAAUUGCAAAUUUCUUUGCUUAUUACAAAUACAAAAUCACAUGUAAUACACAUAAUGAUUUGUUGGAUAAAUUGGAAUGUUUACUUUGCCAACCAAACUUCGAAAUCAGUAUUUUAGAUGUUGAAAAAUAAUAAUGUUGGAAAUAAUUUGUAAAUUCAAAAACAUUCAUAAACGAAAUAUUAUUUAAUUAGGCAAUUUUUUUGGUAUUAUUGCUGCAAUGCAAUGGUUUAAAGGAUAUUAUUAAUUCAAUAGUUUAUAAUUAGCUGUA